AUGCGGGGUGUGCUCCUUCUGGCCUCCCUCGUGGGAGCUGUGGUUGCACUGCAACCCCGAUCAUCUAAUGAGGACUGCCCUGGCUACACGGCUACCAAUGUGGAUCAACGUGGUUCAUCUACCCUAGAAGCCCACCUCACUCUGGCCGGGGAUCAUUGCGACUCGUACGGCACCGACCUGGAGAACCUCAAGCUCCUGGUGGAGUACCAAACAGACGACCGGCUCCAUGUGAUGAUCUACGACGCGGACGAGGAAGUCUACCAAGUGCCAAAGAACAUUAUCUUUCGCCCACCUCACCGUCACGACAAUCAGCAUGAAACUUCCAACCUUCGAUUUGACUUCGAACCAGAACCUUUCUCGUUCAGAGUGCUACGUGGCGACGAUGUCCUCUUCGAUACUUCGGAUACAAACAUUAUCUUCCAGUCUCAGUACCUGAAGCUACGCACUUGGCUACCGGAGAAUCCGCAUCUCUACGGCCUCGGAGAACAUAUUGACUCGCUCCAGUUACCGACAAAGAACUACACGCGUACUCUGUGGAGUCGAGAUUCGUAUGGACUUCCAGAGUUCGAGAAUUUGUACGGAAACCACCCGGUCUACGUGGAUCACCGUGGCGACUCAGGUACCCAUGGCGUCUUCUUCUUAAAUUCCAACGGAAUGGAUAUCAAGAUCGACCAGACGGAUGACGGACGCCAGUAUCUGGAGUACAACACGCUGGGUGGUGUGUUUGACUUUUACUUCAUGGCUGGCCCGACACCGAAGGAUGUUAGCCAGCAAUAUGCGGGGGUCGUGGGAUUGCCUGCUAUGCAGAGCUACUGGUCCUUUGGUUUCCACAACUGCCGAUACGGAUACCAAGAUAUCUACGAAGUCGCCGAGGCUGUUUACAACUACAGCCAUGCUCAUAUCCCUCUCGAGACCAUGUGGACGGAUAUCGACUAUAUGGAUCGCCGUCGUGUUUUCACUCUGGGCCCCGAGCGGUUCCCGCUGGGUAAGGUGCGGGAGUUGGUGCAUCAUCUCCACCAGCACCAUCAGCACUAUAUCAUGAUGGUGGACCCUGCCAUCAGUGAUAGUGAGAAUGAGGCCUUUGAACGAGGAGUAAAAGCAGAGGCUUUCCUUCAACGCGAUGGGGAACUAUACAACGGUGCCGUCUGGCCCGGUCUCACAGUCUAUCCCGACUGGUUCAGUCCAGGUAUAUCAGGUUUCUGGAACGGCGAAUUCCGCCGCUUCUUCAGCGAACAAGACGGCAUCGACAUCGACGGACUAUGGAUCGACAUGAACGAAGCUUCCAACUUCUGCCCAUGGCCCUGCAAGGACCCAGAGCAGUAUGCCAAAGAUAACAAUCUCCCCCCGACACCCCCAGCUGUGCGUUCGCCGCCACGUCCUAUCCCGGGCUUCCCAGAAGACUUCCAGCCGCCCAAGACGUCAAAGCGAAUCGACAAGCGCCGCGAUAACUCCAAGGGCAGCAAGGUUGGAUUGCCCGGUCGAAACCUCAUCGACCCUCCAUACAAGAUUGCCAAUGGAGCCGGUUCAAUCAGUAACAAGACUAUUGAUACCGAUCUCGUGCACGCGGGCGAAUACGCCUACGCAGAGUAUGAUACUCACAAUCUCUACGGAACGAUGAUGAGUUCCGCUUCACGAGAAGCAAUGGAAAACCGCCGCCCAUUCAAACGACCCCUAGUAAUAACGCGCAGCACAUUCGCCGGCGCCGGCGCACACGUCGGUCACUGGCUAGGCGAUAAUCUCAGCCAGUGGGAUAAAUACAGACGAUCAAUCGCGCAAAUGCUAGCCUUUGCCUCUAUUUUCCAAAUUCCAAUGGUCGGCUCAGAUGUCUGCGGUUUCGGCGGGAAUACGACCGAAGAGCUUUGCGCGCGGUGGGCAAUGCUAGGCGGGUUCUAUCCUUUUUUCCGCAAUCAUAAUAGCAUUGAUUCGAUUCCGCAGGAAUUUUAUCGGUGGGACGUUGUGGCUGAGGCGGCGAGGAAGAUUAUUGAUAUUCGGUAUCGAUUGCUGGAUUAUCUUUAUACGGUAUUUCAUCGGCAGAGUGAGACUGGUGAGCCGUUCCUUCAGCCGUUGUUUUAUGUGUAUCCUGGUGAUACGAAGACGUUCGGGAAUGAAUUGCAGUUCUUUUAUGGGGAUGGGAUUCUUGUUUCGCCGGUUGUUGAGCCCGGGAGUACGAGUGUUGAGGCGUAUUUCCCGGAUGAUCGGUUCUAUGACUGGUUUACGGGGAAGAUUGUGCAGGGUUAUGAAGAGAAGGUUAAGCUGGAGUCUCUUUCGAUUACGGAUAUCCCGAUCCACAUCCGUGGGGGCAGUAUUAUUCCGUUGCGGAGUAAGAGUGCCAUGACCACGACCGAGUUACGACGUCGUGGGUUUGAGAUCCUCGUUGCGCCGAAUGCGAGCGGGUAUGCGCGCGGCGAGUUGUAUCUUGAUGAUGGGGAGACUCUGGUGCUGGGGAGUACCUCGCUGGUACAGUUUGAGUUUGUCAAGGACAAGUUAAGUAUUCGGGGUCAGUUUGGGUAUCAGGCUGGGGUUGUGAUUGAGUCUGUUACGGUGCUAGGGCAGAAGGGUUUGUCGAAGCGCAGUGCUGGUACGAAUCAGACGGAUGGGGCGGUGCUGUUUGAUGAAGAGAAGGGGAGUGUGACCAAGAAGGUCACGAUUGAGUUGAAUGGGCCUGUGAAGGUGGUGAUUUAG